ACACUUCAUUUGAGUUUAUAAAAAGAAGAAGUUAGGUUAAGUAACAAAUGUUAUUUAGUUUUAAUAAAUUAUUGAAUAAAAGCAAUAGCUUGAUCAGUUAAUAUUAAUAAUUAAAUAUACGAUGCCUAGUAAAUGUUCAGCAAAAUGUGGUCGAAACGCAGUACUAAAGAGGCCUAAAACAGGGGAUUCGUUAUGUAAAGAAUGCUUUUUCGAAGCAUUCGAAAAUGAAGUUCAUUUUACGGUGACCAAGGCUAAAUUAUUUAAACCUAAUACUACUGUAGCAAUAGGGGCAUCAGGUGGAAAGGAUUCUACGGUUUUAGCUUACGUUUUAAAAUUACUCAAUGAAAAAUACGAUUACAAAUUAAAAUUAUUUCUAUUAUCAAUAGACGAAGGUAUUACAGGGUAUAGAGAUGAUAGUUUAGACACUGUUAAGCAAAAUAGAGACGAUUACGAUAUUCCAUUAAAAAUUCUAUCGUACAAAGACCUUUACGGAUGGACUAUGGACGAAAUUGUAGCCGAAAUUGGAAGAAAAAAUAAUUGUACAUUUUGUGGUGUAUUCAGAAGGCAGGCAUUGGAUCGAGGUGCGAAUUUACUCAAAGUGGAUUACUUGGCAACCGGGCAUAAUGCCGAUGACAUUGCAGAAACUGUAUUAAUGAACAUAUUAAGAGGAGAUGUAGCUAGAUUAAGCAGAUGCACCUCUAUAAUAACGGAUAGCGGUGAUGGCAUUCCUAGAGUUAAACCUCUAAAAUACUGCUACGAAAAAGAAAUUGUAAUGUACGCUUAUUUCCGUAAAUUAGUGUAUUUUUCAACAGAAUGUGUAUUUGCUCCUAACGCCUAUAGAGGUCAUGCAAGAAUACUUCUGAAAGAUCUCGAGAAAAUUGAUCCUGCUGUGAUUAUGAAUAUUAUACAUUCAGGAGAAACGAUGAAAGUUAGUGAACAUUCGAAAAUGCCAACGUUAACGAAAUGUACCCGAUGCGGAUACGUUUCAUCUCAGGAGAUUUGCAAAGCUUGCGUCCUAUUAGAAGGGUUAAAUAAGGGCUUGCCCCGGCUGGGAAUUGGAAAAUCUAGCAAAGUCAAAAGGAUACUAGAAGAAAACGAGAAACUCAAAGGAGCAUCGUGCAAUGGCGAGGACAAUAAAUGCUUAUGCUCGGGUAACGACCUGAAACCCAGCAAAUUUAAUGAUUUAAAAAUUUAGAAACAAUUAAAUAAAAUUUUAUUUUUACAAUUACAACAAAAAACAAAACGUCACGAAAAGUAUAUUCUUAAAAGAUUAAUAGAUGUUAAUUUAAUUACUGUUUGUAAUAAAUCAAAUUCGUCAUGAUGUGUACAUACUUUUAUAUCCCAUAAGCUACAUGUUUGUAAUUUAUUUCUGUUCUACAAAUCGGGCAAUUUUCGGUAAUAUCCGCUGAACAGUCUUCGCACAAGCAAACAUGACCACAUGGAAUUAAUAUCAU